CAACCGCAACCGGGCACCGCUGCCUGCCCCACUCCCCCCGCCGUCUCCGCCGCACAAAUCAACACAACGGCCGCCACCGCCUACUCCGUCGUCUCCACCACCAUCAUCUCCAAUCUGCAUCUGAGGAUCGAAUCCUAGUAGAUCUAAACAGCCUUUUCUCAUCCACCCCCAGGGUUGAAAUCCGCUCAGCCCUUGCGCAUCUCUCCGGUGGCCGCAGUCGAGUCGACAUCAUGGGACGCCGGGGGGGACGAGGAGGUGGAUGGGUAGGAGGGCGCGGACGAAGGGACGAACGGCCAGGAGGUGGCCGCGACAUCAGGGGCAUGCGUGAUCGCCUCCCUAACGACAUGGGUAUACGGGACCGCCGGCCUGAAAAUCGCCCCCGCUGCAGCGCUGGUCGCAGCCCAUCCCCGGGCUACCGUCGUCGUCGCAGCCCCUGCCAGGGCUACCGUCCUCGCCGCAGUCCUCGCAGUCGUAGCCCCUCCCCGGGCUACCGUGCUGGCCAGAGUCCUCGCGGCCCCUCCCCGCACCACCGCUUGUUCCGCAGCCGCUCUCCUGUCCACCGCGCAAGUCGCUCCAGGGACGACGACGGGCAAGGUGACUACGGGAGGGUACCCUGUCAUCAGGAGCGCGAUCGAUGCAGCCCGAGAGGAAGCCAUGAUGGUCGCGGCGACCGCGAUUCAAGAGGAAACCAUGAUGGUCGCGGCUACCGCGGCCCAAACAGGAGCUUUGACAUUCGUGGCGACUGUGCGACGAACGGGAGAUAUGAUGCUCCACCGGACUACAUGCUCCCAAAAGAUCCAUACGACCAGGGGCGUGCUGCCAAGAAUGAAAGUGUCUUCUUUGGAGGCCCUGGUGGCCGGAGCAUUAACAAGGAGGAUGGGUUUUGUGGAGACGCUGCCAUGAAACUCAGAGUUAGUUCCACAGGAUUUGGAAGGACUAGCUCAAUGUACCUGGACAGCAGGUCGCCUCCGCCGCCGCCACCACCUACAUCAUUGGCUGCUAGGACAAUGUACCCCUCGGUGCCACUUACAGAGACUGGAUUCCUGACAGGGAGUUCAACGGUGAAAGGUGUGGAAAGCCUUGGCGCUGGAAGUACCCGGUUGCCUCAAGACGACAGCAGGUUUCAGUACCAUGACCGUUUGUCUGGCCCAUAUGUUGGGAGCAGAGAAAUUGAAAGGCUUGGCCCUGGUAGAGAUGUGCGUAGUGACAGGGAUGGAGAAUUGGAUAUGCUUUACUCUAGUAGGGGCGUGUAUGGUUCGGACACCACACCAUCUAUGCAGUUGAAACGGUGUGUUGGUUCUUCACCAUCUGGACUUGCCAAGGGCAGCCCAUACCGAGUGCAUGGUGGACUUUAUGAGCCAAGCAAUGGCUACGCCAUGGAUGACAUUAGUAAACCAGACUCCUUGGGACAUGGGAGUGGUCAUGUUUACAGGUUUGCAGAAAGUUCACUAGAGCACGUAAGUGGUCACGACGACAAGAUAUCAUUGGACAUCACAAAUCAAACACACUCCAAGUAUCCACCACCAACUGCAUGCAUGGAAUAUAAUGCAGAUGCAUAUGGCAGAAGGGGUCCAGAAAAUGACACAUAUCUUGCUUUUGGGAACUCUCGUGGAAAUUACUCACGGGAUUCAAGGGCUAGCCCCAGGCAUACAUUGGUCUCAUCACCUUUGACGAACCUCAAGGAUGAAAGGAGUAACACACAAGUGAGACUAUCCCGCAGGAUGGGAGAGGAUGCCAUGGAAUACAACACAUAUCAUACUUAUCGUAGAGAUUCGCCCACAGGUUAUCCCAAGCCAAGGAAUGCUCAUGUCUAUUCACGCUCUCCUGAAACUUACUCUCUUGAACUUGCAAGGCGACCAGCUCGACAACGUGAGUUUGCUUCAUCUGAGAAUGGCUGUCAGUUAAGUCAUCGAGAAGUUCCUCCCAUGGCUUAUAGAAGAGGAUCCCUGGGAGCUGCAUAUAGUACUCGUGAUAUGGAUAUGUACCAAGCUGAUGGCCCACUAGGACGAGAGUAUUACAAUGAUGAAAUUGGACUAGAGCAUUACAAUGAUGAGAUUGACCCAUAUGGCCUAUCCCCUGAGAAAUUGUCAAGAAGAAGCUGUGAUAUUAUUGACGAUGAAGAUGGAUAUGAUGCAAGAUAUGAUAUGUCAUCAAGUCGUAAUGUUUUCUCAAGAAUUGCUUUGCCAAACAACAUGAAUGAUGAAUGGAUUGAUGCAGAUGAAGGUAAUCAUUCCCAUUCUAACGUGUUAGCUCACGGGCGCUCAAAAUAUAAGCCUAUAUCUCAGAGACUGUCCAAACCUAUAGUCCAGCCACAAGUUGGGGGAUCUGCCAUGCUUGGAAGAGGAAGAGGGGGAGGAUGGACCAAAAGUGCAAAAAAGAGACCGAGAGUCGGUCUUCCUCAAUUCCAUGGUGGAUAUACAUCAGAGAGAAAUGAAUCUGUUCGGCCAAACAAAUUUACGAAGCUGUCAGAAGAUAAUCAGAAACACACCGAACCAGACUACGAGGAUGCACCUGAUGAAGAGGAUCUUUCUGUGCAGAAAGAUCCACCAGAAGGUUCAGAAGAAUUCAGUAAACAGGUUCACCAGGCCUUCCUCAAGUUCUCAAAGAUAUUAAAUGAGAGCCCAACUGUGCAGAAGAGAUACCGUGAGGCACCAAAAGGAUCUUUAUCUUGCUGUGUAUGUGGCAGUGUCGCAAGGAAGUUUGCAGACAUUGAUGCCUUGAUGUCACAUGCUUACCAUACACACAAACCGGGUCUGAAAACAAAGCAUUUAGGUUUUCACAAGGCACUCUGUGUUCUGAUGGGGUGGAAUUGGAAUGUUGCUCCAGACACUUCUAAAGCCUACCAGUCUGUUCCCAUUGAGGAAGUAAAUGCCAUGAGGGGAGAUCUGAUGGUAUGGCCUCCAGUUGUCGUGUUACACAACAGCUCCCUCACAAACAAGGCAAAGGUCGCGGAUGCAAAGAUUGUGACAAUAGAAGAAAUCGAAGGUGUACUUGCAGAUAUUGGGGUUGCAUGUGACAAGGCAAAGAUAACCCAUGGAAGACCAGCCAACAAGAGUGUUUUCGUGGCCAAGUUCCUACCAACAAUAUCUGGAUUUCAGGAAGCAAUGAGAAUUCACGAUCAUUUCAGCUCUGAGAACCACGGCAAGGAAGAACUCCAGCAGAUAAUAUGUGAGAAAGGUAAGAGUCCAGUUCGUGCUGACAAACUCGAAGAGCUGCUGUAUGCACACAUUGCGCUGGCUGAAGAUCUCGGGUACCUGGACGACGAGAUAAAGAAGCGAUGCGUUGUCAGGAGCAAGAACGAUAUCAAGGCCAGGGCAGAUGCCACACUGAACCUAGAGUCCUGAAGCGACGUAACAAAUGUAGAUUAUUUAGGUCAUCUAUAUUUUGAACAGUGAAAGCUAUACCCCUUAUGCUUAAUCUUUGUGCUUGCUUGUCCAAGUGGCGGAAACCUGAAGAAUAUUCUACGGUAGUGUAUUGAAGCUUCAUGUCAUGAUCAAAUCUUGUUAAUAUUUAUGUUCCAGGUUCUUCAUCUUAA